GCUGCGACGCCAAUCGAAGGAAAACGCGUUUCAAUUUUAUGAUUUUAUCCAUCAGUAAAUCAUGCGUAUCUAGAACGAUAAACAGUUGUAGUAAUAUUUCGAAUGUUUACGUGAAAACAUUAGCGUUUUGUGAUACUGUCCAUAAAAAUAUUAAAAUGAGUAAGUGUAAAUCCUCGCAUGGAAAUGGGCAGUCGAAUAGUAAAAAAUCCAAAGUGCCAUUCUCUUUACGCACAUUUUUGGCAGGUGAAUUGGACUCGAGCAAUCUAGUUCAAAAACCACCAGAUGACAAGAAAACCUACAGAGCACUGACAUUGGCAAAUGGAUUGCAUGCUCUGCUUAUAUCGGACCUCCAUGGCUACAACACUACCUCAUCUAAUGAUGAAGAGUCACACGUAACUGCAGUUGUGACUAGUCAAGAUGAACAUGAUGAGGAGGAGAUGGAUGGAUCCGAGGGUUCAGUUGGUGAUGGUGAGGACGAAUCUGAAGGAGAGGAUGAAGCUAUGGAUGCAGAGGGCUCUGUAAGUAGCGGAGAAGACUUGGAUGGAUCCAAAGAUGAGUCGGGUGAUGAUAGGGAAGAAGAUAAAGAAGAUGAUGACAAUGAGGGUGAUGGUAGCGGUCAUGAUGAUGAUGGUGAUGGUGGUGUAACCCGCAAGCCCAAAAAGCUAACUGGAAAAAAGAAAAUGAGUGCUGCUGCUUUGGCUGUAGGUGUUGGAAGUUUUGCGGAUCCUUCGGAUAUACCUGGCCUGGCCCAUUUCCUUGAGCACAUGGUGUUCAUGGGAAGCCAAAAAUAUCCAGAUGAGAACGCCUUUGACGCUUUCAUAAUGGGGUAUGGAGGAACUAACUGUGGAUCUACAGACUGUGAGAUGACUGUAUUUGAGUUUGAAGUUCAGCAGCAGUCGUUCAAAGAAGGGCUUGACAGGUUUGCUCAAUUCUUCACCCACCCUCUUCUCAAGCAGGACGCUACUGACAGAGAGGUGCAAGCUGUGCACAGUGAGUUUCAGAGCAGCACAAAUAAUGACACAAACAGAAUGGAACAGCUUCUUGGGUCUAUGACUAAACCGGAUCACCCACUCGGAAAGUUUAUGUGGGGUAAUGAACAAUCUCUGAUAUCAACACCAGCUGCAGAAGGUAUUGAUGUCUAUGCCAGACUGAGAGAGUUCCAUUCAAGAUGGUAUUCGGCCCAGUACAUGACCUUGGUUGUACAAUCACAGGAGACAUUGGAUACCUUGGAGACAUGGGUUAGGGAGAUUUUCUCAUCAAUUCCUAAUAAUGGACUGCCAGCACCUAUCUAUCAUCAUCUUCAGGAUCCGUUUGAUACAGAGAAACACAGAAAAUUAUACAAGGUGGUGCCAUUAAGGAACACACAUCAGCUGGAUAUUAUGUGGUCUCUACCUUGUCAGUUGAACCACUACAGGGCAAAGCCACUGGAAUGCCUGUCAUGGCUGAUAGGACAUGAAGGAAAAGGUAGCAUUCUCUCGUGCCUCAAGAAAAAGCUAUGGGGUUCAUCACUGUCCAGUGGAAAUGAUGACAGUGGAUUUGAGCACAGCACAACACAUGCUAUGUUCAUGAUUACUGUUUCAUUGAGUGAAGAGGGCCACCAAAGGUUUCAAGACGUUAUAACAGUGAUCUUUGAGUAUCUUGAGAUGCUAAGGCGGGAGGGACCAAAAGAAUGGAUUUAUAACGAAAUAAAAACCAUAGAGGACAAUUCGUUCAGGUUCAAGGAGGAGGUGGAUCCCAUCGAAUACGUUCAGCAGCUAGCUAGUAACAUGCAGUUCUUUCCUGCCGAACAUGUGCUGACCGGCGACCAACUAUUCUACGACUACGAGCCACGGGUGAUAAGCGAUUGCUUGAAUUUGCUGACGCCCGACAGAAUGUGUGUGAUCGUGUCUUCUAAGCAAUACGAGCCUGUAUGUAAUGAAACUGAGCCGUGGUAUAAGACUCUGUACCAAGCAGAAGAUUUAGACCCAUCUUGGUUAACAAAGUGGAUGCAAUCAGAGCCUCGAAAUGAGCUCCAUUUGCCAGCCCCGAAUCGAUUUAUGGCUAAAGACUUCACCAUUAAAGAUCCAGAUUGCCCAUUGAGUGAGGAACCAGUAAUGAUAACAGAUAGCCCAUGUAAUCGACUAUGGUAUAAGAAGGACACCAAGUUCAACGUUCCAAAGGGUUACACUAAAUUUCGCCUUGCAUCACCACUACCAAACUCAACCCCAAUCAGUCUGGCCUGCAUGGAUCUCUUCAUCCACGUUAUUGAACACAAUCUGAAUGAGGUAGCUUAUGCUGCUUAUGCUGCCGACUUGUCCUACUCCAUCAGAGGUCUUCCAACCGGCGUCAUCAUCAAGAUUGAUGGAUUUAACCACACACUACCGUUGCUGUUUGACACAGUGGUGGGCCACAUUGCCGAGUUUGACUGCACUGAAGAGUUGUUCACUCUUGUUAGAAAUCUCGUGAAGAAAAUGUACACAAAUAUCAUCAUAAAACCUGAAAAAAUGAACAGAGAGCUAAGGCUUCAGAUCCUAGAAGAGACAAGAUGGACGCCUGUCGACAGACUGGGUGUGAUAGAUCACAUCACCAGAGAUGACCUGCUCAACUUUGUAGCUAACUUCAAACAGACGAUCUGUAUUGAGGGACUCGUACAGGGCAACUUUACCAGUGCAGAAGCUCGAGAUUUCCUUGUCAAGAUUAGGACCAGGCUAGACUGUGCACCCUUGCUGCAAGGCGUGUACCCAGAGAUACGUGUGAUGACACUACCGCUGGGAGAGAGAUAUUGUGCUGUGAAGAGCUUUACUGAGCAGAACAACGUUAACACAGACGUUGUUAGCUACUUCCAGGAUGGAGUAGGGGACUGUCAAAAACUCACUCUGAUGAACAUCGUCUGUGAAUAUCUGCAAGAGCCAUGCUUUGAUGAGUUGAGGACUAGGCAGCAACUUGGUUAUGAUGUACAUAUCCAGUACACGAACACCAAUGGAAUCGUAGGCUUUUAUGUCUAUGUGGAAACACAGGCGGACAAGUUCAGUGCAGACCAUGUGACUAAGCAAAUAGAUGCGUUCCUACACAAGUAUAGCAACAAACUGAAACACCUGAGCAUCAAGGAUUUUGGAAAACUUAAGCAUGCGUUGAUCGUGUCACGCCAGAUCGCUGACAAUCACAUGGGAGAAGAAGUGGACAGACACUGGUCAGAGAUCGGAAAUAGGACCUACGUCUUUGACAGGCUUGAGUGCGAGGUGAGAUGUCUCAGAGCAGCAACCCUGAAGCAUGUGCAGGACUAUUUCCAUCAGGUGGUCUUAGAAAACAGAAGGAAACUCGUAGUGCAGGUGAUUGGAUGUGGUCCAAAAGAGAGAGGUGUUGUCAUCUCUGACCAGGCUAGGGAACCAUGUCCGAAAGAAGGUGGUGAAAUCUGUGCGCAGGAUAUGUCGAGGCUCACAUUUCUCGGUCAUCACGGGUCUACUGUCAAUCAAGAGAAAUACAUCAAAAAUAUCACCGACUUCAAAAAUGAUCUGUAUGUCUACCCCGUUGUUAAAAUUCUACGAUAGUAGCAAUCGUGUAGCUUAAUUAGGAAAUGAUCCCGAUCGAAGGUGAAGUUUUGUGCAGUCUCUUGCUUGGUGCGUUCGUGAUGAUGUCAAAUUGCAGUUUAAUCAUAAUUUACAUAAUAAUUUUUAUAGGUAAGCUGCCGUGCAUGUGUUCCUCCUGUGUGCUAUAUGAGAUUAUAGUCCCAGUGUCAUAAGUAUACCACUGGGGAGAAAUUUUGGUGGGUAAUUGAGGCAAUCAGACAAUUAUGAAACGGGAGUGAUCCGCUAUAUAGUGUCCAUAUUAUCAGUCAAGGCCAUGCUACUGUAGAUGAAAUAUAAACUCCCACACUAGUGGCACUCUGGCUCUAUAUUAUUUUAACAUCCGAUUAUCAUUAUUAGAAUGCUCGGUUUCCGUCGUUUUCAUCCAAUUCCAUUCGUGGGUUGGCAUUGCAUUCUGAAAUUUAAACAUAGGUAUGCGUGCGCAGAGCCUGUGUAUAUAUAUA